AUGGUCAACAUCGCUUCUGUUUAUGAAGAAUGGGUGAGAAAGGACAAUAUGGCGUCGGUUUUUGAGGUUGACUAUCGCAAAGGAGGGAGAAUGUUCUGUUUGAGGGAUGGAUGUACACAUGAUGAGCUUGUUCAAAUGGCCUUAGAUGAUUAUUCGGUGAACAAGCACGGACUGGAGCUAUCAUAUUCAUUACCAGAACCAUUCGUGCAGCAAACUUCUUCAAUUGAUUCUCCGCCUGUGUAUGUCACAAAUGACAGACAAGUCCACAGCUCGAUCGAGCUAAGUCGAACACAUGUUGUACGACUUUGUGUCUCUAGCCAAGGGAAUGCUGAUGUGGAAGAUAAUGUACAUGGACGUAAGAGUGAAAACCAUGAUGAUGAGUUCUCUGAUGAUUGUGAUGAAGACUGGGCUGCGGACCUAGAUGAAGUGUCGGAAGGAGGAGAAGAUGCGGCUUGUGAUGAGGGUGAUGACAAGAAAGAUCCUCAUCAAAUCGAUGAUGAUACCCACGCAGAUUACAGUCAGUAUGGGAAAGUGGAAGAUGAAGACGAGCGUGAGACAAAGAUUCCUUUCGAUGAUCCCCGUCUUAGAGGGCGUGGUCAACGCAAACGAAUGGAUAAUUGGGAAGACAAUAUAUACGAGCACCAGAGUUUUGAUAGCAAGGAAGAACUAAUGUCGGAGUUGCGUUUGACGGCGGUGAUGACAAGAUUUACAUUCAAAGUAGCUACGUCUACAACAAAACUAUUUGUGGCCAAAUGCAAAGUGGGGGAGUCAUUGUGGUGGAUGGGACUCAUUUAA